AUGGAGGUGUUGGGCCUCGCGUCCUUCAUUUGCCUCCUCAUAGCCUUGGGAGGUUCUGCUGGCGUGCAACCCUUUGCUGCAGCCCUGGCGGCACUUCUGGGUUGGCUGGUGGUCUAUGCCUACCAACUACAGGUGCAGUGCCACCGCCUCGUCGUGUCCCUGGCAUUGAUCAAGCACCGAGUGGCCAGAGCGGCAGGAGCUCACGUGGAAAGCGAGAUCGACGCCCGCCCCGACCUUGUCGCCCUGAAAGAAUUCUUUUACAGUCCCACAAAAAUGGCCAUGGAGAGUCUCCGUGAGUGGCGCUGCUGGUACAUUGCUUUCAUUCCCACAAGCGCCCUCUGGAUCGUCCGCCUGGUCUCCGACGCCCCAACUUCCUUGAACGAUUCGGAUGGCGUGGCCUUUUGGCUUCUGACCACAUUGGGCGUCCUUUGCGGCGCCCUGGAGAGUCGAUCGACCCUCGCGCGCCUCCGGAGCUUCCGGGAAAGGGCAGGGAGGCGCUCCGAGGAAUCCUUGGAUGUUGAGUUGUUGGCCGCGCCCUCUGCAGAGUCUGCAGCACCGGCCUCUGCAACAGGAGAUUCGGCAAGCCCCGGGCCCGAUGCUGGGCGGAAGAAGGACUCAGUGGUCAAGCUCUUGGAGCUUGUCGGCCACGAGUGGCCCUUGUUGAUACAGGCAUCGUUCUUCCUGGUCAUUGCGGCCAUCGCAGAUGUUCUCAUCCCACACUAUGUCGGGGAGACCAUCAACGAGAUCAUCCGCGCAGAGGAGCGGGGCACUCUCGCCUCCCGACCUUUCAAGCAGCCGGUGAUCCUCCUCCUGGUGGUGGCAGCUGCUUCCGCCAUCUUUUCAGCGUGUCGCGGUGUCCCCCGGAAGCUGGGAGGGUUCAGAAGUUUAGGGUUCACAGCUCUGAAGCAUUCUCCGUCGGUCUGGGAUUGA